AUGAUCAACAAGAUAAUCAAGAUGAUUCUAGAAGAUCCACCAAAUCCUGCUGUGAUCAUAUCAAAACAACUAACAAAGACUGAUCUUGUACGCAGUGUGCAGUUACCGAAACUACAAAUUGAAUCCGUACUAACCAUGAUGAAUGGGGGUACAACUAAGAAUAUGCAGAACGGAAAGGAAGUGAAAAUUCUCGACUAUAUCGAAGGCAAUGAAUACACUGUUAUCCUGAGAUGUACAGAGCAUGAUAAAUACCAUUUUGGAGAUGGUUGGACUAACUUGAAGCGUUCAUUAGAUCUUCACGAAGGCGAAAUUAUGCGUCUUUACUGGGAUUACAGAGAACAGCAAUUCAUUGUUAUUUAG